AUGUAUAAGCAAAACAUUCAAUCCAUGGGCGUCUCCCAGCUUCGGUUUGAUCUCGAGAACCUAUUCAACGAAAUCACCCAUGUCACUCGACUACUCUUAUCUCGUCCUUCCUCUGUCUCACCAGAGUUCGAGCUCCCACCCAGCCCUCAACCUUCCCCCCAUCGUUUCUCUCGUCUAGUCUCCUUACUUCCAUCAAGGUCUCGGUCUUUGAGGCGUAGAGGUAGAUAUACACCUAUUGAAGAAAAGCCUUUACUGGGCGAUCACACCGGUGAUCGACGAAAUUCCGAUGAUUCAGAUAUAACUCUCGUACCUCCCAAAACACCACCUCUGUUAAAUGCUGAGAAUAUCUUGAAAGAACUGGCUCAGCCUAUCUCGAAUUUACAGAGAUACAGUAACAGGAUACAUCACUUGAACUUUACUAAUCGGGAGUACAAGAAAGACGAUACAGAAGAAUUAAUUGAUAUGUUCAAAACUAUCUGUACGAGGUUGAUCGAUCUAUUGGAGUCACUCAAGAUAUCAUCAAGAGAUAAAUCGAUUUUUGACAAUGACCAUGUUUCAGAUCAAAAGGAUGAAGAUAAUGGAGAGAUGGAGAUGCGUCAUUUGAUGAUUCAAGCUCUAAUCAAGAAAAUCAACAUCGAACUUACCCGAUUCUCCUCACCUACCCCUUCUUUCAGUUUAAAUUCCUCUAUGACCAAGAACCCAUUUAUAUUUCAUUCCAGUUCAUUAUCCUCCAAUCUCACGGCACCAUCUUCAAUUUGUACCUCCGAAACAGGGUAUGAUGGUGAGAUCCUAAUUUCGCCAGUUGUAUCUCAACGGAGGGAAAGUCUAAGUACACCUAGACCAAUCAAGAUGACCCAUCGUUAUCACCUCGAUAGUGAGCAAUCAAAUUGGGCUCAGAAUAUAAUUAGAUUAGGCUCAUACCAGGCUAGUUGGUUAUUCAGUAAUACACCUAUUGCUGUUAGGAAGCUGAGUGGGGAUAGUGAUGAGAGGAGGAAAUUGAUAUGA